CGUGGGCGGCCUCGGAGACGACGAGGAACCUCUUGUGGGGGUUACGUUCCCUCAGGCUGCUCGUCGUUUCUGCUGUUGCCGCAGAAGGCAGCCUUCCUGUCUUCAGAGCCGUUCUCUUGAGGUUUUCUUCCUUAUUCUGCUCGAUGUGGUCUUGUCGUAAUAAACCGUUUGGCGGGAAGAACGAAUGGGAUUGCUCCUUGCAAAAACGCGUUGGCUGUUGUGGGAGCAGUGUGUCUCCCCUUGAAUCAAAAGGCACUGGCUGUAAUCUGGUUGUUUGCCAUCAUAAAAGUUGCGGGUAAGUCCUUUUGUUCAAUGAGACUUCUAAUCGGUAGGAGAAUAGCAAGUAAGAAUUCCUCUAGCUUGGUGAAGAGACGGUGCUUGUUUGUUUGAAAUAACUUAAAACAUAGAGAGUUGUUGCUGAGAGUGACGAUAAUGAUUUGAAAUUGCACAUCGCUCUAGUGCAGGGCAGAGCCUGGAAGCUGUGAAAUCCCAUUCAGAUGUCACUAAUGGAAGCUCAGCAGCAGAGUUUGGUGGCCCGGCGGGAUGGAAGCCUUAAGAUCACAGUGACCCUGAGUGCUCAGUACUGAGGCCCCUAGCAGAUUUGAAAUGGUAGCUGCAACAAUGCACAACUGUAUGACUAAAGCAGUAUUGACACAUGGGAGAGUGUCUCUUUUUCCUUUUUGUUUUUCUUUAAACAUCCAAGAUAAGGUUUCACCUGCAGUUGUUAAUUUGGCUAACAGCCAGGGCUGUAGAUAGCUUAUGGUUUACUUGUUCUUGAAUGCUUCUUAACUUGCCUAUGGAAGGCCAGUAACCUCGGCCAGUAAGAGAGGCUUUUGUAUGACUUUCUUUACCAAGAAGUUUUCUGUUUUAAAAAAAAAGAUUUCUGUACAGAAAAAUGCAUCCCUGCUUUUGAGUUGUGGGAGGGAAAGUAAGAAGAAUGCCAAACAGAUUACAGAUGGUAUUGGUAACUCUGGCUGGAUAACUAUAGAAUAUACAUGCAGUGCUGUAAUGCUGUAUUUAAAACCACUGUGUUUUAAAUAAAACGUAUGAUACUUUGUUUUCCCCAUCCAGAUUACAGGGCCUGAUAAUAAAGGAAUUUAUAAAGGCGAUCGAGAGUCCAGUGGAAAAUACACGUUUGCCGCCCACAUGGAUGGAACUUACAAGUUUUGCUUUAGCAACAGAAUGUCCACCAUGACUCCCAAGAUAGUGAUGUUCACUAUUGAUAUUGGAGAAGCUCCAAAGGGGCAAGACAUGGAGACAGAAGCUCAUCAGAACAAGCUAGAAGAGAUGAUUAAUGAGUUAGCAGUGGCCAUGACAGCUGUAAAGCAUGAACAGGAGUACAUGGAAGUUCGUGAAAGAAUACAUAGAGCAAUUAAUGACAACACAAACAGCAGAGUGGUUCUUUGGUCAUUCUUUGAAGCUCUUGUAUUAGUUGCCAUGACACUGGGACAAAUCUACUAUCUGAAGAGGUUUUUUGAAGUCCGAAGGGUUGUUUAAGAGUACUUUUCUGGUCCCGGAUUUCAGUUCACUGUCUACCAAACAUCCUGGUCACAAAAAAGUCACUUAGUUUCUGAACCCUCUCUACUGAACUGUCAAACUUACUGCUUAUGUUCCUUCCUAGUUAAAAAUGAAUUGUUUUUAUAUAUCUUCUGUAGCAAAAGCUGUGCUGAAAUCUUGUCACUUAAUUGGCAUAAUUUUUUUCACUUAAAUCUGCCUAGUCUGUAUGCUAAGCGAGGUCCAAGCAAGCUGCAAACGCUGUAAUUCAACUGUAGUAACAAGCGAUGUUAAUGUCUCUUCUAACUUUUUUCCCCCCCCCCCGUUCUCGUACUUACAGUUCUAUCUAGGGAAACGGUACAAGGCCCUAACAUGACGGUUUGCGUUUUUGACAUCUUUAACCCUGCAGUAGGUGUUAAUGAAAUGGAAAUAAUCCCUUCUUUGCUUACAUAAACUGCCAUGGAGAAGUGGAACUUUAUUCUGAUAACAAAUAAAAAACAGCUGGCAACUUCCAAUCUAGUAUUCAUACCUAGUUGCUAUUUAAAAGAAAGUCUUCAGUAACUAUCCUAAUUAAGUCAACUUAUUCCCAAAGUUCUUUUGAAUUCAAUAGUUGAUAUGAAAGUACAUUUUUCUCCUCUCAUCACCAAAUGUUCUCAUACAGUUUUUAGUCUUUCACAGGUUUUAUAUCGAAGCCAAUUGUGUGCAGUGUCUUGGCAAACAACAGUUAACCCUUUGGUUUUUGCAGGUCCAAAGCUCAGACUGUUGGCGCUAUUGCAGAAUGCAUUAGUGUUCAGGAAACCUGGAUUCCUGAUGCCAAAGGGUUAACGAUUCUGGGGGUAUAUUGCAAUGCUAUGCAGCCCUUGUAUUUAAGUUAAGUGGCAGUCUCUGCCAUUAUCUGAUCAUAAUUAGCAUAAUGCUAAAUACCGGUGUGUUUUCUUUUUCAGGCACAUGUAGAUUUGUUUUUGUAUAAAGUUACUUUCCUCGGUAUCUGAUGAUUGGUUUAAAAAUUAAAGAAGCGUCUGAUGUGGGUGCUGAGCCAGGAUUAUGUUGUGACUGAUGUAUAUUAGUUGUAAUCAUUUUUGGGGGUGGGGUGGGGUCUUUUCCAGGGGGAGCCUCUACAAGUAACACACAACAGUUUUGUACAAUUAAUUUAAAAUUUGUUACAGGUUUUCAUGUUCCAGGUAAAGUUUUUUCAACCUUGGGCAAACACGUGCAGCAGUUCUUCAGAAAGGUGGCUGUUACACCUUAUUGUGACUGUUGUGUGCCAAUAUUUUUGUGUAAAACACUUAAAAUUGAAUUCUAAGAUGUACAUUUAAAAAUUGCUUGUGAAUCUAAAUAUGACCCAGGU